CCCGGCGGCGGCCCUCACUCCGCGGCGGCUCCCAGCCUCCUGUUGCUGGACUACGACGGGUCGGUGCUGCCCUUCCUCGGGGGCCUGGGCGGGGGCUACCAGAAGACCCUCGUGCUGCUCACCUGGAUCCCGGCGCUGUUCAUCGGCUUCAGCCAGUUCUCGGACUCCUUCCUUUUGGACCAGCCGAACUUCUGGUGCCGCGAGGCCGGCAAAGGCGCCGAGCUGGCGGGAGUCACCUCCACUGGCCGGUGGGGAGCCUAUGACGGGGCCAACUGGAACAGCCCCCCGACCACCUCCUUCUCCACGGCCGUCUGGGGGCCCGCGGGCAACCUCAGCAACAGCAGCGGAGCGGACAGGGGCGACACGCCACCCCUGUGGUCCCCUCCGGACAAGGGGGACAACGCCUCUAACUGCGACUGCCACGCGUGGAACUAUGGCAUCCGCACAGGCCUCGUCCAAAACGUGGUCAGCAAGUGGGAUCUUGUGUGUGAUAAUGCCUGGAAGGUCCAUAUCGCUAAGUUCUCCUUACUGGUUGGAUUAAUCUUUGGCUACCUAAUAACUGGAUGCAUUGCUGACUGGGUCGGCCGGCGGCCUGUGCUGCUCUGUUCCAUCAUCUUCAUUCUGAUCUUUGGCCUGACCGUGGCCCUGUCCGUGAAUGUGACGAUGUUCAGCACACUCAGGUUCUUCGAAGGAUUCUGCCUGGCUGGAAUAAUCCUCACCUUGUAUGCAUUACGAAUAGAGCUGUGUCCCCCUGGAAAACGGUUCAUGAUCACCAUGGUGGCGAGCUUCGUGGCCAUGGCGGGGCAGCUCCUCAUGCCCGGGCUGGCGGCGCUGUGCCGGGACUGGCAGGUGCUGCAGGCGCUCAUCAUCUGCCCCUUCCUGCUCAUGCUGCUGUACUGGUCGGUAUUCCCUGAGUCCCUCCGGUGGCUGAUGGCGACCCAGCAGUUUGAGUCUGCGAAGAAGUUGAUCCUGCACUUCACCCAGAAGAACUCCAUGAACACCGAGACUGACAUCAAAGGCGUGAUGCCCGAGCUGGAGAAGGAGCUGUCCCGGAGGCCCAAGAAGGUCUGCAUCGUGAAGAUGGUGGGAACCCGGAACCUGUGGAAGAACAUCGUGGUCCUGUGUGUGAACUCGCUGACAGGGUUCGGGAUCCACCACUGCUUCGCAAGGAGCAUGAUGGGCCACGAGGUGAAGGUGCCACUGCUGGAGAACUUCUACGCCGACUACUACACCAUGGCCAGCAUCGCCCUGGCCUCCUGCCUGGCUAUGUGUGUGGUGGUCAGGUUCCUGGGGCGCCGGGGCGGGCUGCUGCUCUUCAUGAUCCUCACUGCCCUGGCCUCCCUCCUGCAGCUCGGGCUCCUCAACCUGAUUGGGAAGUACACCCAGCACCCAGACUCAGAGUUGCAGCUGAAGUUGGCCGUAGGUAUGAGCGACAGUGUCAAGGACAAAUUCUCCAUCGCGUUUUCCAUCGUGGGCAUGUUUGCCUCCCACGCAGUGGGAAGCCUCAGUGUGUUCUUCUGUGCAGAGAUCACCCCCACAGUGAUAAGGUGAGUGGUGGGAGAUGCCCCGCAGGAUGUGUUCCUGGG